GCUAAGUCUUUAUCACGCUGCGCCGGUCCAGUAUAAUCACAUAUUAUAUUAUCCUGACAGGUCUUUGAAUGCCACCCAUGAAGUCAUCAAUGUCACCCUCCACACUACGCUGGCUGCUACUACCAAACUGGUGGUACCUACACCUGCUAAACCUAUCCUUCCAGUUCAGACUGGAGUCCAAGCACAGCAAGAGGAGCAAUCUAGUGGCAUGACGAUUUUUUUUAGUCUUCUUGUUUUAGCUAUCUGCAUCAUAUUGGUGCAUUUACUGAUAAAAUACCGACUUCAUUUUUUACCAGAGAGUGUGGCUGUUGUUUCUUUAGGUAUCCUUAUGGGAGCUUUUAUAAAAAUCAUAGAGGCUCAAAAGCUGGCCAACUGGAAGGAAGAAGAAAUGUUUCGCCCAAAUAUGUUUUUUCUGCUUUUGCUUCCACCUAUUAUAUUUGAAUCUGGAUAUUCAUUGCACAAGGGUAAUUUUUUUCAGAACAUUGGUUCCAUCACUCUGUUUUCUGUAUUUGGCACUGCAAUAUCAGCUUUCAUUGUAGGUGGAGGAAUUUAUUUCCUGGGCCAGGCUGAUGUAAUUUAUAAACUCAACAUGACAGACAGUUUUGCAUUUGGCUCUUUAAUAUCUGCAGUUGAUCCUGUGGCUACUAUUGCCAUUUUCAAUGCCCUCAAUGUGGAUCCCGUACUUAACAUGUUGGUUUUUGGAGAAAGCAUUCUCAAUGAUGCGGUCUCUAUUGUCUUGACCAACACAGCAGAAGGUUUGACAAGAGAAAAUAUGUCAGAUGUAAGUGGAUGGCAAACCUUUCUACAGGCACUGGGAUACUUUCUUAAGAUGUUCUUUGGCUCUGCAGCGCUUGGCACACUUACUGGUCUUAUUUCUGCAUUAGUGCUAAAGCACAUUGAUUUAAGGAAGACACCCUCCCUAGAGUUUGGGAUGAUGAUUAUCUUCGCUUACCUUCCUUAUGGACUUGCAGAAGGUAUCUCACUCUCAGGUAUCAUGGCAAUCCUCUUCUCUGGCAUCGUGAUGUCUCACUAUACACACCAUAACUUGUCCCCGGUCACACAGAUUUUAAUGCAGCAGACACUGAGAACUGUUGCUUUCAUGUGUGAAACAUGUGUUUUUGCAUUUCUUGGCCUGUCAAUUUUUAGUUUUCCUCACAAGUUUGAAAUGUCCUUUGUCAUCUGGUGCAUAGUACUUGUUCUGUUUGGUAGAGCAGUGAAUAUUUUCCCACUUUCCUACCUACUCAACUUUUUCCGUGAUCAUAAAAUCACCCCCAAAAUGAUGUUUAUCAUGUGGUUUAGUGGUUUACGUGGCGCAAUUCCCUAUGCCCUCAGCCUCCAUUUGGGCUUGGAACCAAUAGAGAAGCGGCAGCUCAUUGGGACAACAACAAUCAUCAUAGUAUUGUUCACGAUUUUGCUGCUGGGAGGAGGAACCAUGCCCCUCAUCAGACUGAUUGACAUUGAGGACUCCAAAGCACGCAAGAGGAACAAGAAGGACAUUAAUCUUAGCAAGACAGAGAAGAUGGGAAAUACCAUAGAAUCCGAACAUUUAUCAGAGCUUACAGAGGAGGAAUAUGAAGCCCAGUACAUAAAACGCCAGGACCUCAAAGGGUUUAUGUGGUUUGAUGCCAAGUAUUUGAAUCCUUUCUUCACCAGAAGACUCACACAAGAAGACUUGCAUCACGGGCGCAUACAGAUGAAAACCCUCACAAACAAAUGGUAUGAAGAGGUCCGACAAGGACCCUCAGGAUCUGAAGAUGAUGAGCAAGAGCUGCUAUAG